AUGUGUUGUGUCAUGUUGCGGGUGCGCAACAAUUGUGUGAAGUUGCGGGUGCGCAGCCAGGUGUGGCAUUGGUGUAACUUGCAAGUGGUGGUAAACGUUGGUGUUUUAAUGGCAACCAGAUAUGCGUCAGCGGUGGUGUCAGUGGAGCGGAGUGCGAGGGUGUCAGAUCGCUACAGUGGGCGGCCGGGGUCAAUGGCGUUGGAGGAUUUUGAAGACAGGCUUGAGGCGGAGUAUGCACGGGCGUGCAUGAAGGAGAAGAAGCUAAGCAGGGCAGAUUUCUUGAAGCAGCUUCCAGCGUUUCUUGAGGAUGAGGCUCUGCAGGUGUGGCGUGGCAAGAGAAAAGACAUCCUCACGCCGCCAAAGGAGGGCGUGAGUGAGUGGGAUCCUCUGGAAGAAGUAGUGGCGUUGUUUCGUGAGGAGUUUGGGGCGGCCAGUGCGGAUAAGGUGCGGGAGUUGAAGACCUUGCAGAAGCGGCCAGACGAGACGUGUCGUAUGCUGAAGGCACGCCUGCAGAGGCUUGCGCGGGAGACGGGCUCAUUGAAUGAGCAGGAUCAGGCAUUGGCCUUUUUGAAGGCCCUACCAAGGUGGCUUAGGGAGAAGGUGGAAGUGAUGCUGUGGGGGGGAAACCGCGGGGGGGUUUCGCUGAACCAAGCAUUCGAGCUGGCGGAAAACAUUGACCUGGGGCAGGCUUUCUCGGAGGAGUUGGAGCCGGAGCCGGAGCGGGUGGUUGAGUUUCCAACGGGGCCUUUCUCAGAAGAGCCUGUUCGGGCGGCCGUGGCAGUCGCAGGGAAGGGCCCGUGUUAUCGUUGUGGGGCGGCAGAUCAUAUUGCCGGGGACUGUCGGGUAAGCAGUAAAGUGCAGUGCAGGGUGUGUCGGAAGACGGGGCAUGCGGAGGCUGCGUGUUGGCAACGCAAUCCAAGUUUGAAGCCGGAAUGGGCAGGCGGUGCAGAGAAGCGGGAGAACGGAAGGCCCGAGCAGGGGGGGGAUCUGCGUGCAGAAGUGACAGCGAUGAAGUCCGAGCUUGGGGAGUUGCGGAGCAUGAUGGCGGAGUUGCUGAAGCGGAGCGAUGGAGGUGGUGGCGGGGCCACAGCUCGUACCAAGGCGGACGUAAUAGCGGCCCGGGGGGGCGUGGUUUUGGAGGAUUGGGAGAUUGGCAGCGACGACGAGCCGACGGAAGAGCGCGCACGUCGCGAGCAGCUUGCGCGCAUCCAUGGGUAUGAUUAG